GAAAGAGAGAGAGAUGAGGUGGGGGGAAGAUAGGGUAAUGAAAAUGAUGGCGACCGAUGCAGAGGAGAUAAGAAACCAAACAAGUCCUUGCCCCAUCCCCGACACCAGUCUCAGCACUCUGUCCAUCAAAAUAACGCGGAAAAACCAGGAUAGACACUGGAAGUUGCGGUUUAUUUACCUUCAGUGCUAUUUCUUGACCAUUGCAACAAUAUUAGGAACUGGAAUCUUAGGUCUUCCAGUAACGAUAGCCCAUGCUGGACUGGUGCCUUUCCUCGUCUCCUUUCUCAUUGGCUUUUUUGUCCAGGCCUUACUUAUCUACCUGUUCGUGGAACUUCUUCAGAAAUGUCAGGUGGUGCAGCUGGAAUCGAUGAAGACAGAUGUUGCAGAAUGUAUUGUGAUGGAUCAGGUGAGCGUGGAGGACCCAGCCUUCACAGAGGAUGAGGAUGAAGAUGAUGGUGAAAAUGCAGAAGCAGAUGCAGGUUUACUGCAGCCGGAUGCUGUUGCUCUGCACAACCAAGAAGAGGGCCUGCAUCCCAACCUUCAUCUGCUUGGCCACAUCUUCCUCUCACGGCCCAUGAGCCAUGCCUUCAACUGCAUCCUCCUCUUCCAGUUUAUUUCUAUUGGAAUUAGUUAUGUCCUAGCUGGCAGUGAGGCCUUUGCUGCUCUUCUUAAUGUCAGUCACAUCUAUGUGAUCCCGGCCUUCACCUGGAUUCUCACUCUAGCUAUCUUGCUAGCCCACACAGUCAUCCAGCCAAUCACUUCCCUGCUCACCCUACUGAAAGGAAUCCUGCUCAUCGUCACGGUGGCUGUGACAUUUGCAGUGGGGUCAGAGGUCGGCCUUCAGAGCAGCAACGACUUCAGUCAGAUGGGGAAACCUUUCCUAAUGGGCACAGUGGCUCUGGGAGGAAUUGUAAACGUGAUGCCUUUGCUUUUCUCACAGAUCUCACACAACAGAACACAGAUCCUGUGGUUUCGAAGAGCAAUUCUUGGAGGUCUGACAACCUGCACUGUGCUCAACAUCCUCUGGUGCUGGGCAGUGCUGGAAAUUGUUCCCCAGACAUCGUUACCAGAGAGGUGGAUGGCAGUUGAGACAACUCAGCGUGACUCCAGCAGCCCAGCUGUUCCUCAUUCCUCCACCCCCUCUCUGCUGUACUCCAACAUCUCACUAGAGGAGUCUGAGAAAGCAGGAGAGAUUGCAACCAUUCCACUGACUAAGAUUAUUAAUGAACGUUACAGGGCAUACUCCUGGGUGGCUGAGCUGAUCCAGGUGUUUAUAGCCAUCAGCAUCACUGUGUCCUUCCUGGUGAUGGGAUCUGCCAUGAAACACACAAUUGAUGGUCUGGUGAGCUCGAUGUGGAGCAGACGACUAGAGUGGCUGUCUAAAGCCUGGGAGCGAAACCUACCAAAGAAACAGCACGUCUGCUCAGCACGAAGCAUGGCUAAAGGAUUCAUGUCACUGCUUGGAUUUGGUGUCAUCUUUAUCGUGUCAGUGUGUGAUCCCAGGGGUUUUGUUGUCAUGUUGGACAAAGUUGUGUCGUUCUCUCUCAACACCGAAGUGGGACUGUUUGUUUUCAUCAUGCUGAGAGAAUCCAGAGAAGACAGAUUCCAACACCUUGCAGUCCCUCUGCCAGUGGGCGACUGUGUCUUCAGCCUAACCUGGCUGCUUCCCACCUACUUCCUCUUUGCAGUAACCUAUGAUGUCCUGCAGACCCUGGCCGAUGUGGCUCAUUACCUGCCUUUCUACAGCCACAGUCAUGAACCACACGACCAGAAUGUGACCGGGAGCUCAGCAGUAGCCAACUUGUCUGUGCUGCUCUGAUCCUCAAGCAGCCACAUGAGAAAGAUGGACCAGAAUGAGUGGUAAUUGCCAAAAAUCUGAAACUUAGCAAAGUGCUUUUUAUCUUGUAUUCAUACUUAACAAACUCUUGAUACAAUCUGAAAACUUUAAAGGUAAGCAUUGUGUUUUUGCACUUUCCCAUGAUGACUCAAUCUAACAGUGUGCCAAAUGGUGCAAAACCUGUAGGGGUCACUCUUUUCCUUGUCUAACCCCAGUGGCCAUCUCUGUUUAUGUACUAUACAAGUGCUUUUCUUUUCUUAUUGUUUUGUUAGUUGUUUAUUUAUUUUUUAUUAUUUUGUUUUGCUUUAUUUGUUUUUUUGAACUGAAAACAUUUUUGUGUGACAGGACAGGAUUUUCCCAUCAGACACCUGGAGCCAGAUGUAUAAAGGAGGUGUACGCACGAAAAACAUUCAUACACCAUUUCCCAUGCAUUAGCUUGUGAUGGUGAAACUAAAUGUGUGCACCUCACAGAUACUUCAAACCAGGUGUACACAUGGAUUUCUAGGUAUUAUAAGGCAGAGAUGAAAAACAUGACGAGAAGCAAAAUCAUAUAAUAAAACAUUUAGAUUGUUUUCCACUUUCACUUAUUCUGUAUGAUGUUUGGUUUUUGGGGGUUUUUUUGCAGUCUACACAACAGUUUGUAAAAUAAUAAUGCAGCUUAUAAUAUCAGUUAUAGUAAUAUACUCACCAAGGUAAUUGCUAAGAUAACAACAUAGCUAAAGCCAAAUGAUUGUAAAUGGCUGUAACGUGCACGUGGUGAGAUUAUCAUGCCAGAAACUAUUUUAUCUUCGGUGCUACAGAGACUGAAAAUGCACUCAGCUGAACUGCAGUGGAAAGUUUAGAAAGACUCAACUUUAUUCAAAUAUCCUCUGAUCCAGUGUGAGUGACAGCCAGGCGAGAGCCAAUCACGUUCAUUUUAAUUCCAACAUAACCUGAAGCACAGACUUAUUUAUCGCUGCACUUCCAGUGGCGAUACAGGACUGCAAUACUAAUUAGGUUGUAUCAGUUUCAACAACGUGCAGCACAGAGCUGUCUGCUGUGGUGCAACGCCAGCUCCCAUUCACAAUAAAUAGCAGCCUUUGUGUCUGCAUGUUUGAAUGGUCUGUAAGACAAAUAGAGUAGACACAGGUACUGAUAAAACACAACCAUGUCUGUCAGAUUUAUAAAAAUAAUAAAUAGUAUUAAAUAAAUCAUAAAUAAUAAAAAAUAAAUGCACAUAUUUCAGUCUUUUUGCAUACAAAGAUCUAUGCAUCUGGUCCCAGGUGUUGUAUAACUGUAAUUAUAGCUCUAUAUUUACACAUGUAUAUAUAUUUCAAUUAAAUACUAAAGACUAUAAUAUACUGUAAGCUGAACCACUAUCAACGCACCAUGCAGAGUAUAACAGUUAUUUAAUUGAGAAUGUAUAUUAUUAGGUUCACUUAAGCUCUAUCAUCAUGAAAUUAGUAGGUUUUACAGCUAAUUGUUUGAGGACAUUGUCAUGUGGGUUCCUUAGACUCAGAGGACUCACUUCAUAACCAUGAUUUGUCACCAAAAUCUAAAUCAUAACACUCUACUGCAGGGGUCCCAACCUUUUCUUCACCCACCAUUGGUGGUGGUUCCCAUUAGUUUGUUUGCAAGUUCACAUGCAUGUUCACAAAUCCACUAAGUUUUGGUUUAGGCAACUAGCUGUGAUCCAGUGUGACCUUUCAAGUGGGGCCAGGGUGAAGGAGAUAGAGGAAAGACAGAGGAGUGGGGUGGGUGGAGAGAAGGAGAGAGUGAAGGAGACAAAGAGGGAAGGGGGUGGGAGAGAGGUGGAGAGGUGAAGAGGUGAAGGAGGGAAAAAGAGUGAGCAGCCUCCUCUUCCUCACUGUCGCUGUCAUACUAUCACAGACUGGGAGUUGAGCAAGAUCACUUUCAUUCAGAGGUGGAUUUUUUUCAGGCUGCUGCUUCUGGACAUGCGGUUACGCUCAAACUCUCCUGUCCUUACAGGCCUCCCACUUGUGCUCCUCCAGCCUGUUGCUCUCCAUCUGAUCCUGGUUCUUAUCUAGUCUAAACUUCAGUAUCUUCUGCAGCCACUGCUUAAAGGAUUUUGGUGAUGCUGCUUUUUCAGAAAAUGAUGUGGAGGCAGUUGGGUGAAGUUCCUCUUGGAGAGUCUCACAGCCUGGCCUCUAAAGUGAAGAGCCAGGAGGUCAGGCACUUUAAACUGGCUCUGUUGUCCACUGCUUGCACACAGCAAAACUCAAACCAUGCGCCUCCUCGCACAUGAUCGACUGCUCCUUUUCCUGAACACUCAGAGUGAAUCUGAGACUUGGGAUGGGCUCUUCCUCCUCUACCAUCAUCACCUUUCUCCACCGAAGCCUCUCUUUCUUCUGUUGUGAGAACCUCUCUAAAGUCUACAAAGCAUCUGGUGGGAGCUGCUGAUCUCUGCUCUGUUGGAUUUAACAGGGCAUUUCAACAACCUUUAGUCCCAUUGUCUAUUUUUUGUUUCAUCUGCAGUAGGUUCAAAUCCAUUACAUUAAGGUCCACCAGUGGUACUCCGCUAUUAGGUUUUAAUUAGGAGAAACAAGAAUCCAAAUAGCUGCAACUUCCUGUCAAGAAGUGAAAAAAAUAUUCCCUUUCUCCCACUUUGAAAACAGUGAAGCAUGCCGUUUUAAUUUCACCACAGAAAGCACCAGCAUGAGGACGUUUUCAUGAGGGAGGUUUAAGCUCUUUGAAAUCAACAUUUUAUUUGUUAAUUAAAAGCCACUGAAGUAAAUUAUGUUUUGUGUUUUAACAUGAAUAAAACAAGGUUUCAUGAGUCCUCCUA